GCACGGAUUGGACCCACGGACGGGGCGUGAUGGUAGUCGGUACCGGGACCUCCUUGGCGCUCUCCCUCCUGUCCCUGCUGCUCUUCGCUGGCAUGCAGAUAUACAGCCGCCAGUUGGCCUCCACUGAGUGGCUCACCAUUCAGGGGGGCCUGCUGGGCUCCGGCCUUUUCGUCUUCUCCCUAACUGCCUUGAAUAAUCUAGAGAAUCUGGUCUUUGGUAAAGGCUUCCAAGCAAAAAUCUUCCCUGAGAUUCUCCUCUGCUUGCUGUUGGCACUCUUCGCAUCUGGCCUCAUCCACCGAGUCUGUGUCACCACUUGCUUCAUCUUCUCCAUGGUUGGUCUGUACUACAUCAACAAGAUAUCCUCCACUCUGUACCAGGCUACAGCUCCAGCCCUCACGCCGGCCAAAGUCACUGGCAAGAGCAAGAAGAGAAACUGACUGGGAAUGAGGAAUAAGAACGAGUAAUAAAGUUGCUUCUUUGUAAAAAA